AAUCUCGCUGCCUAUGUCGCCCCUUUUCCCGUAGCCGUGCGGUGAUUACGUCCCGCUUCGGUUGCCACUUUCCUCCUGACUGCGCCAUUCCUUAGCAGCCUGGGGUGCGCAGCCGGUGGGCACGCUGCGGUCAGAGCGGUGUAGCCGAGCCGCCGUUAUUAUAGUAAGUAGGCUGCCGUGCGCAUCUCGAAUCCGUCUGUUUGUUGUACGUGUACUCUACUCUUCUGCGCCUUCAAGCCAACCCAACAUGUUUCUCAGUGUCAAGGAACGCGCGCGCCAAAUCGCACUAGGCCAAUUCACUGCGCCGACCACAAGCGCGCCUUUGAUCGAUCUUGCGCCUGAGCCAGUACCUGCACCUGCGCCACCGAGAACGACGGGAGCAAAAGACGCGACGCAGAAAGCUGCCGCCGAGUCGAAGAAGACGAAAGGCUCCAAGGGUGCGCCAACGAAGGAACCUACGCCAAAGGUUGCGCCGCCACUGAAAGCGCCUGCGAAAGCUGCACCACCAAAAGCCACACCCGCGCCGGCCUCCAGGGCGACACCCUCAAGGACGACCACAGCACCCCCGGAAGCACCGACACCAAAGAAGGCGUCUUCAAAGUCAAAGAUAACGAAGGAGCCACCUACACCCACCACAGAAGCACCCCCAUCGAAGAAAUCCUCUUCAAAAUCAAAAACUACCAAGGAACCCUCCUCCCCCAAGCCUGGCUCCUCAAAACCAGCGAGGGAACCCCCGUCCCCCAGAUUCGGCUCCUACAUGUCCCCAUGGUCAUCCUCUGCCAAACCCCCUCCCUCGCCAAAACCCGAGUCACAAAAAUCCAAAUCCUCUUCGACGUCCAAGUCUAAAUCCUCCUCAUCCUCCAAACCCAAACGCGCCAAAUCCCCACCCAAGCGCGUCGACUCGCCCCUCGCCUCCUCGGACGACGAAGACGACGAUCCCCUCUCCGCGCUCAAGUCGGCGUGCCUCAAGCAAAUAACCGCCGUUCCCGGUCUCGGCAACCGCCAGCUGGUCGUCGUCUUGAAGCAGCGGUCGUCGGGCGAGUGGUACGCUGCGCUGAAGGAUACCGGGGCGGACAAAUACCUCAAGUCGUGGAUGAACCGGGAGAAGACGUUCAAGACGCGACGAGAGGCGCUGGAGGCAUACCUGGGGUUUGCGACGAAGAUGCGAGAGCGGAGUAGUGGGUCGGGGAUGGGGAUGGGGUGGUUUCCCAUGAGUCCGAGGACGAGCAGUCCGAAGGGCAAGGGGCGGUGAGAACGGGCUGGAUGUGCAUGUGGAGAUUGCUAGGAAUGUGAAUGUGUCUGGACAGGACGAGGAGUGGACGUUCUUUCGGUUUGGAUUUGGAUUUGGGUUUGGAUGGAUUCGGACUUGGACUUGUGUUUGGGCGCCGAGCGUGGUGCUUAUAGCUGGCUGGCUGGCGUUGUACAUAUACCCUGGCUGGACUCUAGGACUGCGGCCGGACCAGAGUGCCGAUUGCUGCACUAGAAAGAGACGUAGUAGUAUAUAAUCUGUAAUUCUAAUCGACAACGCGACGCGGG